CAAAAUGUCCUAAACCCACAACCAAUAACAACAAUCCAUCUCAGCAACCUUACUUCUCACACCUUAUCCAAAAUCCACUUUCCCACCACCAAUUUCUCUCCACACAGAAUCUAAAAACCUUCUCUUCUUCUCUUUCCCAUAACAACACAAAAUUCAUAUCCAAACACACCCUUCAUUCUUUCUUGUUCUUCCUCACAAAAAACAAUGUCUCUCACCAUUCCCACUAAUCUCUCCAAACCCACCACAACCCUAAGACCAAAACUCACCCAAAAACCAAAACUCAUCAUCCACUGCAGCACAAACCAAAUUCAACACAACCAAGAAAAAACAAAUGAUCUUGUAAGUUCAAAUCUUAAAGCAUUCUCAGCUGCAUUAGCACUCUCAUCAAUCCUUAUCUCAUCACCACUCCCCGCUGUCGCCGAUAUAUCCGGCCUAACACCCUGCAAAGAAUCAAAACAAUUCGCAAAGCGCGAAAAACAAUCAAUCAAGAAACUUGAAUCAUCUUUAAAGCUUUAUGCUCCUGAUAGUGCACCAGCAUUAGCUAUUAAAGCAACUGUUGAGAAAACUAAGAGAAGAUUCGAUAAUUAUGCGAAACAAGGUUUGUUAUGUGGUGCUGAUGGAUUACCACAUUUGAUUGUGAAUGGUGAUCAGAGACAUUGGGGUGAGUUUAUUACUCCAGGGAUUUUGUUUUUGUAUAUUGCUGGGUGGAUUGGAUGGGUUGGAAGAAGCUAUUUGAUUGCUAUUCGCGAUGAUAAGAAACCGACUCAGAAAGAGAUUAUUAUUGAUGUUCCACUUGCUUCUAGAUUGGUUUUUAGAGGUUUCAGUUGGCCUAUUGCUGCUUAUAGAGAGUUGGUCAAUGGUGAACUCAUUGCUAAGGAUGUUUAGUGUUCUUUUGUUUCCUACAAGACAAGAGAGGAUGGUGUUGAUGAUGGAUGGAAGAAGGGUGAGAUGAGAGGUUGAUUCUAUUGUUGACUGAAUCAAUGUUGAUCUUGGGAUAUAAUAUUUAUUUGCUCAUAUUGUAAAUUUGAAUUAGUUGAUGUAAUGUAUGUGAACUACAAUCAAACUGAUCUGAGUUUUUGUUCUUUUGUGACUCCAA